UGUUGGCCAGGGGGGAGGUGUGAGUGGACGAGGAGGUAGGUGGAGGAGGUGUGGAUGUUGUCCGCAGGGUAGUGGAGGUCGUUGGUGUGGUUGUAGUAGGGGGUGGGGUGGUUGUGGCGACCGUGAUGGCGGGGGUGCUAUCUCCGAUGGCGGUCACGCGACCGGAGGUGGUGGAGGCGAAGGCUCUGAUGUCGAUGAUAGAUGAGUGGAUGGAUGUCAUCAUACGGAGGAGUGUCGCAAAAUCGGGGGCGGCAUUGGAUGCUCUUGGUUGUUCUCCUGCGAGGUCGCGAGCGAUGCGGUCGAUGGAGUCGGUGCAGAUGGCAGACAUAUCAAUGCUGGAUGAUUGGGUCAUGGUGGGGGAGGAAGCGGCGGGAGUGGCAGAUGAGGUGGCAGCAGCGGAUGAGAUAGAGGCAGCUGCAGCAGCGGUAGCCGCAGCAGCGGCGGCGUCAGCGGCUGCUCGCUGAGAGUUCUUGCUUUGGUGUGUCAUGCAGAGAUUUUGGGGACGGAGAGGGGGGGAGGGGGGUUCUUAUUUACAAGAGUAAGACAACAUUUAUGCAGAAAUGUAUAAGGAUAAUUACCACGAUUCCCCAAAAGUUUUGAAGAGCGGGAAUUAAUUCUGAAUAAAAUUCAAUAAAUUGA